UGCCGCUCCCUCCUUCUCGCUCUCCCUUCCUCUUACAGUCCCUCUCUUCUCACUGUGAGAGGAGCUAGUUUCUCUGACAGGGAAACUGCUUUUCUUCUCUGACACAAGUGGUUCCAGGUGGGCCCUUUCGUAUGUCUGUGGCAGUGAGUUUCAGACUCAUUGGCUCUCAUUUGUGUUUACAAGGAUAUUUUCCAUCUGGAUCCUUUAACCUUUAAAGUGACAGCAAGUGCUUUUGAUCUACACCAUCCCAGAGGCUGAAAUGUGAGAUCUAAGAGAGACCAAGACACUAAUUGUGAUUCAGGGCUCCUAAUUGCUUUAAGAUUGCUACUGAUUGGAAUCAGGACGGGAGUCAACAGCAACCAUACUUGUGACUUUGUGAAUGAAUGAAAAUGGUAAAGGCACUUGCUCAAGCUUUUUUGAGGUUGCUGUGGAUUCUCACCUUGGCAAAGUGUAAGAUCCCAGAUGCCCAUUUGACAUGCCUGUUCUCAGAAGACUGUGUGCUACCCUGCAGCUUCAAACCCAGCGGAAAUGAGAUCAUCAGCUGGUACCGCCAGGACUUACUCCUCCUCAGCCACUCCCAUCAGGGUGGAGACCAGUCGGACCAGCCUCCCAAGGGCCACCGUACCAGGAUGUACCUGCUUCAGGACCAGCUCUCCCGGGGCAACGCCUCGCUCCACCUCAGCCAGUGUGGCAUCAAGGACCGAGGUCGCUACAGGUGUCUGGUCAACAGCACUCUGGGACAACAGGAGUCCUUUAUCAUCAUGAAAGUGGAGGCUCCCAUCAAGAUGGUUACUAUGGAGAUAAGUAAGAACACAGAGAUUCAGUGCCUGUCUAAGGAUAUCUUCCCUGCUCCCCGUGUGCAAUGGUCCACUCUGCCACCUAAAGCCAACCUGAGAUCCACCACACAUAUGGCACCCAACACUGAGGGCCUCUACUCUGUUCAGAGCAAACUGAGAAUGUUUGGAAAUACCCCCACUUACGUCUGCACCGUUAAUUCCACAUAUGGAUCACAGUCAUGGAAGAGCUCACUACAAAAAGGAGAGUUGAUUGGAGAGGCAGGGCGAGAGCUGUCCAUCCCUUGCAUGGCUCCACAGAACUUCCAGAACUUUUUCCUCACCUGGACCUUCACUAGAACCAAUGAUAACUCCAAGGUCAUCCUCAGCUAUGUCAGCCAAACCAGACGGACCUCCAACCUUUGGGAGGGCCGGGUUGAACUGGAGCAGGACCGAGUUUUGAUGGGAGAUGGAUCCCUCCUUCUUCACAACCCAGAGAGUCAGGAACACACAGGAACCUACACCUGUACAUUCUCAGGCUUCCAGAGCAGACACAUGGUUCAAACCCAGGUCGCCAUCAGGUCAACAUCACGGCGAUCGUUGACAGACAAUAUGCCAAAUGCUGAAGACCAGGUUGGGCGUACAGGGGAAAGUCACUCCAAGAUGUGGGUUAUUGCUGUAAUAGUUGCAGUGGUUGCACUAGUAACAACAGCUAUACUACUGUAUAGAAAACAAAGAGCCAACCAAGGGAAGGCUGAUAGGACCACUCUGGAGGACACAGAGAUGCAGCCAAUGAAAACUAUUAAAUCAUCUGAUGAUUUGCCAAUGGAUAACUGCCAGCUGACAGCAGGACAAAACAACGGCCAUACAUAGCUCUGACUGACAAGACGUACUAGAUGACAGUCAUACUGUUCCUAAUCACAGACCUGACAUCAUCAAUCAUCCAUGCAUUUGUAGCUUGACUGAUAGUUAGAAAAUGUGCCCAUGGACAACAACCCACAUGUUUUGCUCAAGGGGGGAAACUAUAUCAUUGGAGAGUACUGUUCUACAGUGGAGCACAUCUGUGUUCUAAACAAUUGAAUAACUGUACCGUCUUCAUAAUUUACAUUAAAGUUUUGAAUGAAGUAUU